AAUGUAUCGUUUAUCGUUGAAUGUUUUAAACGUGCGCAUGCGACCGUUUCCCGCUAUGCGACCGACUUGCCAACGGCAAUUUUUGCGUUGCGAAUUUUUUUGAGUUAUUUUUUUGUUCGGCAAAAGUAUCCGCCACCCGUGUGCAAACGAAGCAACAGUUUCUCAAAACAGUUAAUCCGCGCUAGUCGAAAUCCGAGCUAAAAUCUGCCCAACCAGUCGUCGGUCCGAAGCGCUCCCUGAACGGACAAGUACGCGAAAUACGAAUUCUGAUACCGAGAUCCUUCGGUACAUUCGAUAUAUACAGUACACUACAUUGAUAUACUAUGAGUGUUUAUUGAGAUUAUUUAAUUCUAUUCAGUUUCGACACCAUUUUUGUUGUUGCAAUUCUUGAUCGUGAGAAAGUUCGCUCAGCAUACAAAAAACAAACAAAAAACACACACACAAAAAUACAAUUUGCAUAAAUUUACUCAGAGAUCUGAGAUCGACGAAUACUAAAGCUGGGAGAAAUUCACCAACGAAACACCAAAAGCGAGAAGAACUUUGAGAGGCGUCAACACACUUAAUCGAAGCCGAAAUAUCCGAGAUACAAUCCGAAACGAAUCGAGCCGCAAUGCUGUGGCAGCCACUGACUAGCGAUAAUCCUACGUAACUCUGCUGCAACCGAGCGAUAAAGCGAAAGCGAAUCAGCUUCCAUUUCUUCGAGAGCUAACUGCAGUCGCAGAACCCCACACACACCCCACACACACCCCACACACACGGCAUGGCCAUGUUGGAGGCACGGCCUUACAGGCCCUUCAAGUCCAGCGAGGAGUAUCUGGAGGCCAUGAAGGAGGAUCUGGCCGAGUGGCUGAGCACCCUCUAUCCCGAGCUGAGCAUCAAUGCCGAGAACUUUAUGGAUCGACUCGACACCGGCGUGGCACUCUGCAAGCACGCGAACUAUGUGCGCCAGGCGGCAGAGGACUAUCUGGCACGGCGACAGGCGCGCAACAAAUCGAUGACACGCUCAAUGACAUCCGGCCUGGCCGGACCGAUUCUGGCCCUGGGCAACAUCCACUACCUGCCGGCGGCCAAGAGCGGCACCUUCUUUGCUCGCGACAAUGUCUCCAACUUCAUAACUUGGUGCAGAAAGAGCCUCAAGAUCAUCGAGUGCCUGCUGUUCGAGACGGACGAUCUGAUUAUGCGCAAGAACGAGAAGCACGUGAUCCUCUGCCUGCUGGAGGUGGCCCGAAGAGGCGCCAAGUUUGGAAUGCUGGCUCCUAUGCUGGUGCAGAUGGAGCGACAAAUCGAUCGGGAAAUCGCUGCCGACAUCAAGGCAAAUGGCGCCGCCAACUCAUCGGAGAGCGGCACACAGACGGAGGCAAUCGCCUGCAGCUCGACAUUGAGCAGCACGGCCACAUCCACGACAAUAACGACCACAACUGUGGGCUCCGAGACGGACCUGUACGACGACAGCGAUGACUCGGAGAACGAGGACGAUGCCGAUGAGCAUCCCAUGCUGAUGUACGGUCCCCAGCCCCAGAUAAUCACCAACGAUCUAAAGAGCCUCGAUGAGAUGGUGCGAGAUCUGGUUGAGAAGUGCACAUGCCCGUCCCAGUUUCCCAUGGUGCGCGUGUCCGAGGGCAAGUACCGCAUUGGCGACACCAAAGUUCUCAUCUUUGUGCGGAUACUUCGCUCCCAUGUGAUGGUGCGCGUGGGUGGCGGCUGGGACACACUGGCCCACUAUCUGGACAAGCACGAUCCCUGCCGCUGCCGGGCGCAGCAUCGCAGCUCGGUGGCCGCUCGUCUCAUACCGCGACAGUCGCCCAAUCACAAUCCCAGCAACGGCAUCGAGCUGCACAAGGCUCAGGUGAUAUUCGAGCGCUCACCGCCUGCUGCGCGACGCGUCUUCAACAGUUCAAACUGCAACGGAGGAGGAGGAGGAGGAGCUGCAGGAGGAUCAUCUGUGGCUGUGGUCCAACAGAAUGGCAACAGCUUGUCCCCCAAUUCGGGCAAGUACCGGAGUCGCAGUCCGACGCCGCAGCGUAAAUUUCUGAAUGGCAUCCAGAGCAACGGGAUCGUGGCAGCCACUGGGGCCGCCGCUUCGGAGCAGCAGCAGCAGCUGCUGGGCUCCCCUGGGCUGGCCCGGCGCUCCAUGUCGCCCAGUCCCCGGCGGCUGAUUGACAUGCGGAAGAAGCAGAGCUCCCUGGACUCCUACAGCAACGGGCCCAAGUCGCUGCCUGGCGGCUACAGCUGCUCCCUGGAGGAGGCCGGCGUGGGAGUGGGAGUGGGAGUGGGAGUGGGCCAGGCUGUGACUGCCACUUCCGCGUCGGGCGGAGGAGUGUCCGCGCCGGAGCAGAGCAGCUCGAGCAAGUUCGAGAACAUCAGCGACAAUGGGAGCGAGAUCAGCGACGAGGGCUACCGCAGUCUGGGCGUGAUCCAAUCGAGUGCCCAGAAGCGCGAGUCCCUGCACAGUCAGGCCUCGAUGGAUGACGCUGAAACCAAUGCGCGUCUCGAUCAGACGUCCAGCGACUCGCAAAUCUCGCCCUCGGAUGAGCCGCCGGAGAAGGCAGCUGCGGAUAUACUCGAGGAGGAGGACGACCUCAAUGGCCAGGAGCUAGACGUGGAUGCGGAUGCGGAUGGGGAUGCCGACGUGGACGUGGACUACUCCGUGUGCGAUGGUCCCCAAUCGCUGCCGGCCAUCCUCAGCCUGCCAAAGUGUCUGCCGGACAAGUUCGAGGCUUCGGGCGUGUUCAUCACCGAUGACGAGAUUACCGUGGACAUGGCCAAGAGUCCGGCAAUGUCCUCCGCCAAGCUGGAGGCGCAGCCAUCUGCGGCGCUGCUCAGCAAGAUUCCCCGCUCGCCCUUGGCCCAGCGUCGGCGCAGCAUCGACAACAGCACCUGCGGCGGGGCCGGCGGCAGUCUCCAGGAUCUGAGCAGCCGCUCGUCCGUCGCCGGCGGUGGCGGUGGCGGUGGCGGUGGCCUCGGCAGCUGCCCACCCGUUGGUGGCUUCAAUCGCAAACAGCCCGUCUACCGCUCCAUGCGCACCCGCGCCACGCCCACGCCCACGCCAACGCCAACGCCUCCGCCACGAGCCUCGCGGCAGGCGUCGCAGCUGCCGAUGGUGCGCGAUGUGACCAACACCUGGAGCGGACGCACUGCUGGAGCAGACCUCAGCAACCACAAGCGUCGGCCGCAGUGCACGCCCGACACCUUUGUGGCGCCCACCCCAUUCGAGAGGAGCGGCAAGGGGCGCUCCUCGCAGAUCCUCUACGACAGCAACGGGCGGAGAGUGCGCGGCGGCGGCUGCACCAGCUCCCUGACCACAUCCCCGGUGAAGAACCACGCCUCAUCCCCGCUGGCACAGCAGCUGCUGGAGGCGGCCAGCAGCGCCAAGAACGAUGCCCAGAUACUCGAGAAGAUGAAGACACUCCUCUCCCGCUACGCGGCCGUCAAUCAGGCAAAUUCUGGACAGGGAACGAGUGUGGGAGGAGCCACUUGCAAGGCCAGCUCCAAUGGCAAGAAGACGCCCGUGUACGAGGACUUUACCACUGCGUGGGUCCACAGCAAUGGCAACCUGGAACGCUCCGAGAGCUGUUCGCCCCCGGCCAAGGCGCGUUCCAAGCGCAGCUCUGCGGCCAGCUCGUGCGAGAGCAAUCACUCCACCACAGUGGCAGGAGCGGCAGCGGGAACAAGAGCAGGCACGGCAGCGCCAGCGGGAGCGGGAGCGGGAGCAACCAACGUUAUCUCGCCCAGACGGGAGAGGGGCAUGUCCAAGAUCCCGGCACCGGUGCGGCAUCAUACAGAGCUUUACUAGCAGCGCCUGAGGGCGCCAAGCGUCCGUGUCCGUGUCCAUGCCCGUGCCCGUGCCCGUUCAACCGCCGCCAGCGCCAAGGUCCGACUGCCUCCGAGCGUUUUCUAAAAACCUCCCAAAGGAAAAAGGAAAAGUAAAGAAAGGAUUGGGAUUGGGUUUUGGGGUUAGUCCAUAAGUUAGAUUAAAGCCAAGCUGGAAUUGUCACUGCUGCUGCUGCCGCCGCUGCUGCUGCUGCUGCUGUUGCUGUGUGUUUGUAUGUGUGCAGAGAAGAGGAAUGGAAGAAUGGAAGAAUGGAAGUGGAAGUGGAAGUGGGACCCGAAAUACCGCUAACCCAAAGUGUAAUCGAUUUGCAGGCCAUAGAAUAACGUUCAAGCAAGAAUCAGGAUAAGAAACAGAAUCAGAAACUGAAUCAGGAGCUAGCUGACAAGCUCAGCACAGCCCAAGGUGGUGAAUAUACUAGAGAAGGUGAUUUUAUCCGCUGUGGUGAGGUGUAAAAGUGUAAAUUCACCUUGCCACAGCCUUGCCCAUAAACACAAUCUCUCUCUCUCUCUCUCUCUCUCUCUCUCUCUCUUCUCUAUACUCAAUCGUGCGAUAUAAUCCUCAAAACUGUGAGCGGGGAAGACACCUAUAAGUCUCCUGUAUCUUACGCUCUUUUUGUAAACCCAACUUUGUCGGUCUGUGCUGAAGAUCGGGCGAUGAUCGGAUUUAAAAGACACUGCAAAAGACUCGAGAUUAAAGUUUUAAAAUGAAUUUUUUGGUCUAGGAAUAGCAGAAAAGUUUUAAUCCCCAAAAAUAUACAAACUUAUAUCGAAUAGUAUGAAUAGUUUUCUAGAAAUUUUUAAUGGGAGAUAUCGGGCAAAUUCAAUUCUCUAAUUCGACUCGUAGGAAAGAGAACAAAACACAUUUAUUUUUGUACGCUAGCAGAGGGGGAACGGUCCUCGUCGAUCCUCGGAUCGAUAGAUCCAUUGUGUGAGUAGCCGAAAGCUUUUACAAAACAAAACUCAACAUUUACAGCAUAGAUAUAUCUAUUAUAUACACACAUCAAAUAUAGAGACACAAUCAUAUGGAAAACAGAAAACUCUUCCACGGCUAUGCCUGUGUAGAGUGCGUUUCAAGGCUGUAACAUAUUUAUGUGCAGGACUGGGCAACAAUUCUUAGUUCAAUUCUGCACAGUCCUACCUAUAUUUGAAGCGCUCUUUAUCUGCACACACACACACACACAAGCACACACAUAGAUACACACCAAAACUGAAAGAUGAAACUGUCACAAAAUGUAUGCUGACCCCGAAGAGAGUAACGGACGGAGUAACGGACAGAGUAACGGACACCCUGAGGAAUGAAAUAUAUCAACAAAAAAACACGUUGCAUAGGAGACAUGCAAAAACAUUAAUUAUUUCAUUUAUAUUCUUUUUUUUUUUGUAUUUGUUUUAGUUAUAGCAAAGUUAACAUUUAGUUUAGUACAUCGUACCUAUGACAUUAACACUAUAUAGAUUGUAUUUGUAUUUGUAAUUGUAAUCGUGUUUUCUCUUCCUACACACACACACACACACACACGAUACACUGACAUGUUGUUUAGUUAUUAUGUACUUGAAUAAUUAUCGCAAUUACUGAUUUCCUUUUGCUGAUUUGAGUUGGAGACAGACACCAAAAUAAUGCAAUUUGUUGUACCCAUAGGAAUAUAGAUUCUAGAUGCAAGAAUCUAGUGGCACGCCGCGUGCGAGCGCUGCCAAACUAAUGAGUAAUUGUUUAACAAAGAGCAGACAUGGAAGCAAUUUAAUUGUUUCAACGAAAAACACACACAAACACACACACACUCACACGAUACACAACAAAUAGCUACAAAUGCCCCCGGGGAUGUAACAAUUAAUUAUAGAAAAUCCGAUAGCGAUAUGUGGGGGGGGAGAAGAGCACCAAGAAGCUCCCUUCCUGCUCCUCGGGGAAGCAUUAUUCGAUUGCGUAUCGGUUCAAUGAUUAAUGUUAUAGAUAUACGUAUAUCCGUGAAACAUAUAAAAUGUAUUUUAAAUACAGCCUAAAUGUGUAAUUAUCAAAUUAAUUUCGAAAGCA